UGGCUAUUGAUUAUCAGUUUACAUUUAACUUAAGCAAGAAGGAGGAUCGUCACUAUCGGGCCAUUAAUUUCAAAAACUCACCACCGAAAGCCGAUAUCGAUGCCGAAUUCUCCAUCACGUGUUCCGUACUUGCUAAGAUGAAUAUUACCAUCAAAAAAGUAAACAGUCCGGAAAGGCCAUUGCUGCUCGGCGCGAAUUGCACGACGACCAUGUAUAAGCACCGUUUCAGCAAGGCAGAUUACAAUUUUGGCAGCGAAGAUAAUAAUACCUUCACCACAUUCUACGUAUAUGUUUAUGACUUUCAACCGCCAGUGUGGAUUCAGAUCUCAUUCUCUCAGUACUCUAAAUUGAAUCUGCAACAGUUUUUCAUUACAUUCUGCACAGAUUACAUGCCACCACACAGGUGCUUUCUCGCUCUGCUAUUGGUGGCUGCCAUUCUGUGGAAGAUCAAACAGAAAUACGAUAUGUAUCGACGAAGACAACGGCUCUUCCUAGAAAUGGAACAAAUGGCCAGCAGAGCUUUCAGUUCAGUUGUAGUAGAGAUUGAAAGACGUGACAUUGAUGGCACAGAUUUGGAACACGGUGAUACCGACUUUAACAAUUGUCGUAAAAAUAUAAAGGAUGUUCCUCCUAGUCCGAUCGCAUUGGAGCCUUGUUGUGGCAACAGAGCGGCGGUCCUGUCUCUGCUAGUCAGAAUGCCAACUGGUGGCGAGCCUUAUACGCCAGCUGGACAGAGCGCCGGUUUAGCCGUCGCGUCUGCUUUGGUGACGUUAGGCACCCAGCGUAGACCAUCUCAAGAACUAACGACGAAGGAGCCGAAGAAGACGAGGAAGUCCGCCAGUCAACAUCCGGACUCUACUUGUAUUUAAUGAUAAAACUAUAGCAGAGACAUUGCGAUAGGACGUGACUACAAUGAGCCUUAGAGUUGUUUCUGUGAUCUUGCCCGCGCUUAAUACGGCAGGACUUUUAUCUUUGAACUCUAACAGAGUGAAGAAAUGCGAACAAUGAUCGCGAAAAAAUACGCGAGGAUUUUAUUCGUCGAUUUUCCACGUGCAACUGAUUGGUGUAUCAAACGACUCAGCUAUUUUAUCUGAAGAGUUGGCUGAACGUCUAAUAUUAAAUAUAGAUGUACGCGCGUCUUUCCUUAUCGAGUAGAAGGAAACGCCUUUGAUAGAGGAGUAAAUGGAUUGUUCCGGUCUACGUCCGCUAAUCAUGGUAAGUAACACGUUUUGUUUAGAAUUGAGGUGCGCGUUGUCAUUAAUAAUGAAGUAUCCUCGCGCGCCAAGAGGGGACGCCCGCAUUGAUCGGUUGACGUACGAGUUUUCUUUAUGAAUCUCAAUUAACGAUGUACAGUGUUGUAUAUAGAUGAUUAGACGAUCUACAUUUUUCUUGAAUGAUAUAUUUGCUCUUGUGAAUAAAACUGGCCUCGUGCAUAUUUGAAAAACUUUUAUCCGCUGCUUCUUUUUUACGAGUUUAUUCAUUCAUAAUCAAAAGAAACGCGUGUGCAGAUUUAAUCCUUCUAAAUCUAGGAAAUUUUAAAAAAUAAUUAUCUUUUUACAAAUUAACAGAUUUAACAAUAAAAAUCUGCUUAAGUUUGGAAGAAUUAAAUGUAGCAUAUCCGUCAUAAAUUUUUGUUUCUUUAUUGUCUCACAAUUUCCGCAAUGCAGUGGAUAAAAGCUUAUAAAUGCCAUAAAAGAUACUAAUCCAUUAAUGUUACUGAAAUAAUUGAAUUCGAAGAAGUACAACGCUUCGAUAUAAGCUGUAAAUAGGCUAUAUUUUUGUUGAUUCCGCAAACGAAGAUGCACAUUGUUAAUAAUGAAGAUCCAAACAUGUACGAGAUACUGAAGUGAACGGAAAGAUCGAAUUCAUAUAUCAAAGAAUUCAUUAUUAAUGUAUCCGUUUGUAACGAAUGUGUAUAAAAUUCAUAUUCUAAAUCGAUCAAGGUAAGCAGAGAUAAUUGCAACUGAUGCAGAUUUAUAGAAGGUACAAACGACAUAUUUGAUCCUAUGUGCAUUUCACAUUAGAAUAUUGUGCCAAAUUAUUUCUGUCUUUUUAUAUAAACGCAAAUUAUCUGUCGAGGCAAGCUUUGGUUAGCUAGAAUUGAUCGAACGAGAAGAAUGAAUAUUUUUACUUAUUUCGUUACUUCUGUUUAUCAUUAAUCCUACUAAACUUUGUCGCAUGAUUGCAAAUUUGCAGGAUUAAAAUAUUAGUUAAAUUAAUGGCGUAAUUUAAUUAGAAGUUUUAAACAUUUUGUCGAUUAUACUCAAAGUUUUAAUCUAACGAAAACAAAAUGUAUAGCCGUUACAGUAAUUUAUGAGAC